AUGCAUCUCGGGAUGGCAUUCUAUUGCAUCAAUCAAGUGGAGGCAGAGGAGGUGCCGGGCCUCUUUUUUGAGAACUCUCAAAAACCAGCUCGGGAUGGCAUUCUACCAAUCAAGUGGCGGCAGAGGAGUCGACUCAAAAGUCACCAAGUGGAGGCAGAGGAGGUGCCGGGCCUCUUUAAGACGUACUACGUGCCGGCUGUACCCUGUUUCCUCCUUGUCCCUCCCCUUUGUCGUCCUUCCCCUUUGUCCUUCCCCUUUGUCCCUCCCCUUUGUCGUCCUUCCCCUUUGUCCUUCCCCUUUGUCCCUCCCCUUUGUCGUCCUUCCCCUUUGUCCCUCCCCUUUGUCCCUCCCCUUUGUCCUUCCCCUUUGUCCUUCCCCUUUGUCCCUCCCCUUUGUCGUCCUUCCCCUUUGUCCCUCCCCUUUGUCCCUCCCCUUUGUCCUUCCCCUUUGUCCUUCCCCUUUGUCCCUCCCCUUUGUCCCUCCCCUUUGUCCCUCCCCUUUGUCCUUCCCCUUUGUCCUUCCCCUUUGUCCUUCCCCUUUGUCCCGCCCCUUUGUCCUUCCCGUUUGUCCUUCCCAUUUGUCCUUCCCCUUUGUUCUUCCCCGUUGUGCUUCCCCUUUGUCCUUCCCGCCUACCUUCUCCCCCUCAUCCUCCUCACCCUUCUCCCUCCGCCUCUCCCCCCCUAUGCACAGGUGGAGGCAGAGGAGGUGCCGGAGCUCUCUGAGACAUACUCAGUAGAGGCAGAGGAGGUGCCGGAGCUCUCUGAGAAGCACUCAGUAUCGGCUGUGGAGGCAGAGGAGGUGGAGGCAGAGGAGGUACCGGAGGUGGAGGCAGAGGAGGUACCGGAGGUCUCAGAGAAGUACUCAGUAUCGGCCGUGCCCUUCUUCGUCUUCCUCAAGGAUGGCAAGGCGGUGGACACACUGGAGGGCGCCAACCCCCCCGAGCUAGCCCACAGCCACAGGGAUGGCAAGGUGGUGGACAGGCUUGAUGGCAAGGUGGUGGAUAAACUCGAAGGCGCCAACCCCCCCAAGCUAGCACACAAGGAUGGCAAGGUGGUGGACAGGCUUGAAGGCGCCAACCCCCCCGAGCUAGCACACAAGGAUGGCAAGGUGGUGGACAGGCUAGAGGGAGCCAACCCCCCCGAGCUAGCACACAAGGUCGCACUGCACAUCGCUGCACCCUCCUCUGCCACCAACUUCAGUGCGGGCGGCUCUGCUGCUGCUGAAGUCAUCGAAUCCGUUCUCCACUCCGCUCGCACCGCCGCCUACCCUGCUGCUGCUCCUCCUGCUGCCUCUCCUGCUGCUGCGGUUGCUCAGCCGGAGCAACCCUCCCGAAUGAUCGCCCCGCCCGCAGGUUCGGACAAGCCGAAGCUGUCCCCGGACCUGAAGGCUCGGAUCGAGGCUCUCCUGGCCUCCCACCCAGUGCUACUGUUCAUGAAAGGCACCCCCAGCGCCCCCAGAUGCGGAUUCUCCUCUAAGGUUGUAUCUGUGCUGGAAAAGGACUUAGGCUCUGCGGCGGCCGGUGCGUAUGGGUCGUUUGAUAUUCUGCAAGAUGAGGAGGUUCGGCAGGGUUUGAAGGUGUAUAGCGACUGGCCGACUUUCCCGCAGUUGUAUUGCAAGGGGGAGCUGGUUGGGGGGUGUGAUAUUGUGCUGCAGAUGCACGAGAGUGGGGAGUUGAAAGAGGUGUUUGCAGAGAAAGGGGUGCUGGGAGGGGCGGGGAAGGGAGAUGCACCAGGAGCAGUGACGGCAGCAGCAGCAGCGGCGGAUGGGCAGGUUGAUGGGGCGAAGGGGUUGCAAGAGCGGCUGAAGGCACUCCUCUCGUCUUCGCCUACCAUGCUGUUCAUGAAGGGAACACCGGAGGAGCCGCGGUGUGGGUUCAGCCGCAAGGUGGUUGAUGCACUCCAGUCAGACAUGGACUCAUCGCAUGUUUCCUUCCUUCUUCCCCAUGGCUUGUCCUCACGGCCUUGCCUUGCUUUCCCAGGGCACACCGGAGUAGCCGCAGUGUGGGUUCAGCCGCAAGGGAACACCGCAGGAGCCGCGGUGUGGGUUCAGCCGCAAGGUGGUGGAUGCAGUCAAGUCAGACAUGGACUCAUCGCAUGUUUCCCCCCCUCUUCCCCCCUUCUUCCCCCCCUCUUCCCCCCUUCUUCCCCCCCUCUUCCCCCCCUCUUCCCCAUGGCUUGUCCUCACGGCCUUGCCUUGCUUUCCCAGGGCACACCUGAGGAGCCGCGGUGUGGGUUCAGCCGCAAGGUGGUGGAUGCACUCACGUCAGAAGGUAUUUCCUUUGGCAGUUUUGACAUUCUCACGGAUGAAGCAGUGAGGCAGGGGCUGAAGGAGCUCUCCAAUUGGCCCACGUACCCCCAGGUGUACCACAAGGGCGAGCUGAUUGGUGGAUGCGAUAUUGUGCUUGAAAUGAAGGCUAAUGGGGAGCUUAAAGCCGAGCUUGGAGGGUGA